AUGGCGCGCCGUGGAACGCGGACGACGCGCAGUGCAUUGGCGCUUGCAGCUGUGGCGGCCUUCUGUUUCGGUCCUGUGGGCUUGGGAUGGACCAAGACCGAGACUCGUGAGCAGCUGGAGAAGACUGCCAAGGUCUGGAAGCAGCCGCACAACUUCCGCGUGGCCGGAAGCCAGUUUGCGGUGGAUACCAUCUCGCAAGGAGGGGAUCAGUGGCAAGUGAGGGCGACUGAGCGCGAUGGCUCAUCAGCGCUCUUCGCCGCCAAAGACCAGGGCGAGGAGGUGGCCUACGGCAUCAACUACGACUCCAGUCGCAGCCACUGGAAGCCACCCUGCAAGACCAGGGUCUAUGCCACGGGUAUCACUGACGGCGAUGAUCCGGAGUGGACCUUGCGCGUGGAAGGCCCUGGACAUGGAACUUCGCCUCAACAGAUCUCCGUGACGGGCAAAGGCCUUGGGGACAUCGUCUACGAUGCAGCACUGGCUGUGGAAAGGCGAUUGAAGCGUUCACUCUUCUGGUCCUAUGCCUUGGACGCCAAAGGCCGCGGUGACGGUUGGACUCCUUGGGUCCGACAGGGCUUGGGCUUGAAGUAUGCACCUGAGGAGAGUGACAUCAAUGCAAAGUUCAACAUCUUUCAGGCUGAAGCCGGUGAGAACCAGACCUUGAAUCUGGACUGGGAAGCACUCUUGCGGGGCCGUUUGACGGGCUUGAGCUCCAAACGAGGUGGAAGGAUUCUCUCGACCGACCCCCAGUACACCUUGCGCAUGACCAAGGGUGGCCUGGAUGCCGGCGCCAAGGCGAACGCCAAGCUGGGCACGAGCUUUGGAGUCACUGCACAUGUGUCGCCGGAAGGGAACUACCAGGCUCAAGGCUAUGGGGAGUGGAAUGGCAAGCGGGAGUUGGUCGAUGGCCUGGUCGUGGGCGCCGAUGUCAAGGCUACGGCGCAGGAGGGCGUGGUGACUCUGCAGCCCUUGGGCGCUACUGCAGCCAUGGACUUGUCGAAGUUGGCCCCUAAGGUGGCGGGUGAAAACUCGAUGCUGGGCCUGCGAGCCCGUUACAAGCUGGGCGACGAGAAGCCCUCGCUGGGAGCUGUGGGCAGCUUCCGCCCGAAGAAGGUCCAGGAGGUGCUAGCGUCUGGUGGAGUGCAGUACACCCAGGAGGGUGAUACCUCCGGCACCUUGAGGCUGACUGCCGAAGACCUCAAAGGCGUUGAUGCCCGCUAUGAGCUCAGCGGCGGCGGCAGCGCAGGGCUGCGGCAGGCAGCGGAAGUGAGGAUGCCGCGCGUGGACUUCGGCGGCGGCAGUCGCUCGGAGCAGAGCGGGUGGUGCUUUUUGGUGCAGUCCUUGGCCCCAGGAGAUUGUGCUUUCGUUGGCAUCUAUGGUGAGAAGGAUGACUUUGCCAUCCUCUUGACGGAGGAUGCUGAUGGGGAGAAGCUCUCCUUGACCGACGGGCGCUUCCAGGACAAGGACUAUGUGUCCAGCCAGCGCGCCCACGCCAAGAGCCAUGUGAAGGAUGCUGUCCAGGGAACCAUCUUGAGAAAGUCUGACUUUCAGACAGAAGAUAGCUGGUCCUUCGCAGCGCCUUUGGCCCUCACGGUCUUCAAGGGAACUUCGUCAUCCCCCACCGCUUUGUGUGGUAGUGUCAACUUGGAUGGCAAGGCGAUGACUCGCAGGUUGGAUGAUGAGAUGGGCACCCUGAAUCUGGGUGAGACGGAGACUGCCCAAUAUGCUGGGCCGAUGGUUGGCACCAAGGAAGAUCUCCUGGACGACAUCAGUAACCCCAUGAACUGGCUGCGCGAAGCAAGGGCUGUUCGUCAACUCUCAGGCUUCAGCAUCGCCAGCACCCACAACAGCACCACCAUGACCACGACCUCUGAUGGGAACGUCACGCAGUCCAUGACCGAGACGACCACCACAUCCACAAUCGGUGGCGGAGACUCCGGAGCAGUGCAAUUGACUGGUUGUGGCUUGAUCCUCGCUUUGGCGCCUUGGUUGUGGUAA